GGAGCGGACGGGUCUGUGAUGACACACUAAAAUCCAAGCACCUUUGAGAAGAGUUGGCAGUGAGAAUCUGGCUGCUGAGGCGUUGUGUUAACUUAGAGCAAACUGUGUGGAGGAUUAACUUUAACUCAUCAGCUAAAUUCAGGAUGUAUGGUAGAUAAAGAGUUUUCUCAGAGUAGUUAGUGUACAAGACUAGAGUUAUACAGAUCUUCCGGGCUUGCAGUUGAAACAUUUGUCUAUCUUAGUUUGGAGUUGGAAGACAUUGCCUUCUCUUUUAAAGGUAGCCAUGUACAGCAUGAUGGAACACGACCUGAAAUCCCACCAGAGUGGCCAAGGGAUGCCACCUGUGAACGGGCCCAUGCACGGGGCCAGCAAACAGGCGGCGGCCAACCAGGCCAUCGUUGACCCCAUGGACAAAAUCAAGCGGCCCAUGAACGCCUUCAUGGUCUGGUCCCGGGGUCAGAGGCGGAAGAUGGCCCAGGAGAACCCCAAGAUGCACAACUCCGAGAUCAGCAAGCGGCUGGGAGUCGAGUGGAAGCAACUGACGGACGCCGAGAAGAGGCCGUUCAUCGACGAGGCCAAGCGUCUGCGUGCGAUGCACAUGAAGGAUUACCCCGACUACAAGUACAAACCUCGCCGCAAGACCAAGCCCGUGCUGAAGAAGGACCACCCCGCCGCCAAGUACCCCAUGUCGGCCGGCAACCUGCUGGCCGCAGCUGCGGUCCAAGGCCCCGGUGGGAGUCCCAGGAUGGACAGCUAUGGCUGGGGGCACGCGGGCGGGUACGCAGGUAUGCAGAGCGAUGCGCUUGGGUACAGCCAGCAGCCUUAUCGCUAUGACCUCUCAGCCUUACAGUAUCCCUCGGCGAUGACUACUGCUCAAUCCUACAUGAACUCCAACUCCUACAGCCCAAUGUCCUAUGGCAGCAGUCCCCAGCAGCACAGUCCAGUGAUGCCUAUGGUGAAGGCUGACCCAGUGUCACAUUCCCCAACUGGGGCCCCAAACCACCAGCGGGGGCCCCUUCAAGGGGACUUGAGGGACAUGAUCAGCAUGUAUAUCCCAAACGGGGACACCAGUGACACAGCCGUCCAGAGGGGCUAUGCCAACAUGCAGCAACACUACGUGGGAGGAACGGCACCCCUCACCCACAUCUGACCCUCGAGGCGAUCGCAGGUAUCCUCUCCCCAAAAUGAGAGGCCUCCACAGCACGGACUGGUCAUGUGACUGUGAUUUGUCAUGUGGUUUCUGAUGAGGUGCUUUCCUGUCUCGGUCAGGGCCUGAGAAAAACCGGUGGUCGGUUUCCGCCUUCGGGCAGCUUUGGAAAACAAGCACGCACGCCUUUGUUGUCACUGUAAGACAAAAGAGAAGUGUGUGCUGCAAGGCUGUGAUGUUAGGCCCCAAAUGCUGUGGAUGUUUUAUCCAUGUGUGUUAUGAUAGUUUUAUGUCAUUCUGACAAAGUCACUGUUAGUCCUUACAGGUGACUCGACCUGAUACUGUAUAUUGGAUGGCAUAGCUAAGAAUGUUGUUAUUCUUAGUUGCUGAAAAGAAGCUGUGUUCACUCACCAUCACAUUCCCAAAUAGUUUUGAUUAAUGUUUUGAGUAAUGUGAAUUGUGACCGAGGAGAUUUCCAUAUUUUGUCUCUCUCUCUCUCUAAGAUAGAGAAAUAGUGGGGAACGCUCCCAGUCAUCCUCGGUAGUGAGGAACUUUGAUUGAGGAUUGAGGAAAGUUCUUCAGGGGGAAUUAUUGUUUAUAUGUAGACUGUUAUUAGGUGGGAAUUCAAUGAGAUUGAGAUACAGAAUUACUGAAUCAAGUUUAUUUACUUGUAUUGCAAUGUGUUUGUUGGAUCCUGUCAGUGUCUUCCCAUGUUAGGGUCUACAGGCUGCGCUUUACAUUCAAACUACAAUUCAGUGUAUUAUGAAAUUUGAAAGAUGUUGGCAAUAUAGUGCAAGAUUUUCAAUAAUGUAAAUAUUUUUUUCAUAGUGUGUUUAAAUGUGUUGCUGAAGACCCCGCGUGAAUGAGAUUGUACUGUGUAUAAUUUUGAUUUACUCACCCUUAUACUAAGGGUAACUAUUGCAUUGUGUAACUUCAAACUGUUAAAUGGGGAAAACAACAAAGUAAUAAAGAAUUUUAUUAUUUUUGUAA